CUCUGCGCUAAAUCCGGGGCCGGGCUGUUGUCCUCCUGGGUGUUUUCCGCAGACUUAUCGGGUUUCGGUCCCGGGAAUGGCGGAGGCUGGGUUCUCGGUGGCUGAAGUUGUAGCCGAGACGGAGAGGGCUGGGGAGGUUGAAGCUCAGCCCCGGAGCCCCGGCUGGAACGAGUCCCAGCUUCGUUCUUACCAGUUCCGGACCCGUCCGAUCCCGCGGUUACAGCACACAGAUCCCCGGGCGGAGGAGUAUAUAAAUAACGAGGAGCCAGUGGUUCUGACAGGCACAAAUCUGGUGCACCCUGCCCUGAAGUGGGAUUUGGAUUAUCUGAAGGAAAACAUUGGAAAUGGGGACUUUUCGGUGUACAGUGCCAAUAGCUACAAAUUUCUCUAUUAUGAUGAGAAGAAAAUGGCUAAUUCCAAGAAUUUCAAGCCCAAGUCCAAAAGGGAAGAGAUGAAAUUUCCACAGUUUGUAGAGAAGCUUCGGGACAUCGAACAGAGAGGAGAUGAAAACAGAUUAUACCUGCAACAAACUCUAAAUGAUACUGUGGGUCGUAAAAUUGUGGUGGAUUUCUUGGGCUUCAACUGGAAUUGGAUAAACAAACAACAGACUAAACAUGGCUGGGGGCAGCUUACAUCUAACCUUUUGCUGAUUGGAAUGGAAGGCAACGUUACUCCUGCACACUAUGAUGAGCAGCAAAAUUUCUUUGCCCAGAUUAAGGGAUACAAACGCUGUAUCCUCUUUCCACCAGAGCAGUUUGAAUGUCUCUAUCCUUAUCCUGUUCAUCAUCCAUGUGACAGGCAGAGCCAGGUUGAUUUUGAGAAUCCUGAUUUUGAGAGGUUCCCAAACUUCAGGAAUGUUUUUGGCUAUGAAACAGUGGUGGGCCCUGGAGAAGUUCUUUAUAUCCCUAUGUACUGGUGGCACCAUAUUGAGUCACUGAUGAAUGGCGGGACAACAAUUACUGUUAACUUCUGGUACAAGGGAGCUCCAACUCCAAAAAGAAUAGAAUACCCUCUAAAAGCACACCAAAAAGUGGCAAUAAUGAGGAACAUUGAAAAGAUGCUUGGGGAAGCCCUUGGAAACCCACAGGAGGUGGGCCCGUUGCUAAACACAAUGGUUAAAGGUCGCUACGACUAAGAACAGCUGCCGUGAGCAGUACUGCAGACUGCUGCUUUAAUAGUGUAUAUUUCUGGGCCGAGUGAGGAAUUCUGCAAAAGAAUGGUUGUACUUAUCAUGCUGAUUCACGAUAGAUUUGGUUUACACCACUCACUAAAGUGUGUAAUGGUCGGCUGAAUAAGACAUACAUUUCAAAAACAGAAGAAAAAA